ACUCAGAUUCGGAUUCUACCACUAAUACAUCAUCUAGUGACAGUUCUGACUCUGAUACAAGUUCAGAGGAUUCUUCUGAUUCUGAAGGUGAUAUCACCGUUAACAUGGCUAAGUUAAAAAAAAGUGAAGCAAAACUCUAG